GUCCGUCCUAGUUCGGGCCGGACUGCCCUCUACAGAUCGCGGGGGGGGUGGUGGUGAGAGCGCACUGCCGAGCCUGGCGCGACCGGGAGAUCUCUGGCGCGCGCUCUCCGUCUCUCCCCCACCCUCCCGUCUCCUCUCGCUCUCUCCCCGUCUCCCUCCCGAAGUGCCGCUCCUCCCGAGGGACGCAACAGGAGCCAGGAGUUGGCGGACUCGGAAGAACGAAACAAAGCCCGGUCGUUUCGCUCGCCUCCCGCUCGCUUUUUUUCCUCUCGCUGCUUAGCUUAGUUGCGCCUUUCCGAUCCCGCUGCGGCUUCUUCGGAGGACUUUUCUCUGCCUUUGUGGGGCUACUCAGCAACCCCGAGAGUUCAUUAGGGCUUUCUUUCCCAGAGAAAAUGUCAACUUCUGCCAUGGAACCCCAGUCUCCUGAUGAGAGAGGAAGUUUUUUUAAGCUAAUUGACACAAUUGCUUCAGAAAUCGGAGAACUGAAACAGGAGAUGGUACACACAGAUCUGACACUGGACGCUGGACGCACCAGUUUACCAAGCCUAGAGAAAGAUAUGGGUGAUGUGUGCCCGGAUCAGAAAGAUUUUGCAAAUAUCAUACGAGAUUCUGGAUAUGAUAGUCUCCCCAGUAAGCUCAGCAUACUAGAUAAACUUCUUCAUACCCACCCUAUCUGGUUACAGCUUGGCUUAAAUGAUGCUGAAGCAGUGGAAAUUCUACGCUCUCAACCUCCUGGAACUUUCCUUGUUAGAAAAUCAUCAAGAAUGCAGAAGAAAGUCCUAUCGUUACGCCUACCAAAUGAUCUAAAGGGAUUUUGCCUUAAAGAGUUUGCAAUAAAAGAAAGCAUCUAUACUUUUUCCUUGGAAGGCUCUGGAAUAAGUUUUGCUGAUUUAUUCAGGCUUAUAGCUUUCUACUGUAUUAGCAGGGAUGUCCUGCCAUUCACCUUGAAGUUACCUCAGGCAAUUGCAGCAGCAGCAACAGAGUCUGAACUUGAAGAGGCGGCUCAGCUAGGAUUGAAUUUUUGGAGCUCUCCAGCUAACAACAAACUGCAGAAAUCUCCACCCCUCCAGAAGCCUCUGCCUUCAGACAGCAUUUAUAAAAGCUCCCAGCAGCUCUGCCUCAUAAAUGGAGUUCAUUCUAUAAGAACCAGAACGCCUUCAGAGCUGGAAUGCAGCCAGACGAAUGGAGCUCUGUGUUUUAUUAAUCCUCUCUUCUUGAAAGUGCAUAGCCAGGAUGUUGGUGGAAGUCUGAAAAGAUCAGGUCCAAAAGCACAAGAUGUGAAUGGCCCUGAGAGAUCCUGUUCCCCCCCACCCAGGCCUCCCCCACCUUCUAUUCAUAGCCUUCUUGCACACCCUCAGCUGUCCAGGACUACAAACAAGGCCAGUCUGCCAGAGACUGUCAGUCAGAGCAAACCCUCCAACUUGGAUGGGAUACAGAAGAGGCCAACUCCUAUCCCACCGCCUCGCCUGAAAAAAAAGGCUCUCUCUUUAGCACAGAGCAAUGCAAAGAACUCAGCAGUAAAUGAACCCAGCCAUAAUUUGGUGGAUGGCACAGAAACCGCCUGCAUUCCAGGUGGAACUCCGCCUCAGCAGAACUUGGAGAGCAAAAACAGCUUAGCUACACACCGUGAGUCACAAGUGCAGUGGAAUGGAGGCCGGCAAAGACUAAGCAACAUGAGUCUGUCCACAUCCUCCUCUGAUUCUCUGGAUUUUGAUCGGAGCAUGCCACUCUUCGCUUAUGAUGGGGAUACCAACAGCAGCCUGGAGGAGUUCGAGGGGGAAAGUGACCAGGAGAGCAUGGCACCACCCUUGAAGCCCAAGAAAAAAAGGAAUGGCUCGUUUGUGCUUCCCAAAAUUGUCAAAUCCCAGCUGAGGAAAAUGAGUGGCGUCUUCAGUUCCUUCAUGACCCCUGAGAAAAGGAUGGUUAAGAAAAUAGCAGAAAUGUCUCGAGACAAGCGUACUUAUUUUGGUUGUUUAGUUCAGGACUAUAUAAGCUUUCUACAGGAGAACAAGGAGUGUCAUGUUUCCAGCACAGACAUGCUUCAAACUAUUCGGCAGUUCAUGACCCAAGUAAAGAGCUAUUUAUCUCAGAGUUCUGAACUGGAUCCUCCCAUUGAAUCUCUGAUUCCGGAAGACCAAAUAGAUGUGGUAUUAGAGAAGGCCAUGCAUAAAUGCAUCUUGAAACCUCUCAAGGACCAUGUUGAGAUGAUGUUGAAAGAAUUCCAUACAGCUGAUGGCUCAUGGAAGCAGUUGAAAGAGAAUCUUCAACUUGUCCGGCAGCGAAAUCCUCAGGAUCUGGGUGUUUUUGUCCCAACACCAGAUUUCGUAGAUGUUGAAAAGAUUAAAGUCAAAUUCAUGGCAAUGCAGAAAAUGUACUCUCCUGAAAAAAAAGUUAUGUUGCUACUAAGAGUGUGCAAACUGAUUUACACUGUGAUGGAAAAUAAUUCAGGGAGAAUGUAUGGGGCUGAUGACUUUUUGCCAGUGCUGACCUAUGUUGUGGCGCAGUGUGACAUGCUGGAGUUAGAUGCUGAAAUUGAGUACAUGAUGGAACUGCUGGACCCAUCCUUGCUGCAUGGAGAAGGAGGCUACUAUUUGACAAGUGCAUAUGGAGCGCUGUCCUUAAUUAAGAAUUUCCAAGAAGAGCAAGCAGCAAGACUGUUGUGUUCAGAGGCCAGAAAUACUCUCAGGCAGUGGCAUAAGCGGAGAACAACAAACAGAACAAUCCCAUCUGUUGAUGAUUUUCAGAACUACCUACGAGUUGCAUUCCAGGAAAUCAACAGUGGCUGCACGGGAAAAACAUUGCUAGUGAGGCCAUAUAUUACUACAGAAGAUGUGUGCCAGCUCUGUGCUGAGAAGUUUAAAGUGGAUAAUCCUGAGAACUUUAGCCUGUUUCUUUUUAUUGAUGACACUUGGCAGCAACUGACAGAAGAUACCUAUCCCCAAAAAAUCAAAGCUGAAUUGCACAGUCGGCCACAGCCUCAGGUCUUCCAUUUUGUAUAUAGACGCAUCAACAGUGAUCCUUACGGGGCAAUAUUCCAGAAUGACAACAGUGACCAAAAUACAUAAAGCUAAUUAUUUUAAUUGUUAUAUAAACUGACUAGGAGUUGAGAUUAAAUAAUCCAUAUUCUCUAAAACCUACUGAUCAGUAAGCGUAUGAAUUAUGUAUUACCAUCAGUGAUUAUACAUAAUCUGUAAAAAAAAAAUGCUGUGAUGAUCCAGCUUUACGGGUUCUUCAAAAGCAAAACAUAGCAUCCACCAUCUGUAAUCUGACACGGUGGCUUCUCAGAUGUUCUGCAGUGCCAUCAUCUGCAGAUCUGUAGUGGGUUUUACUUAUAUCUUUCAUUUAUGCAUUAUUUUCAAUUGCAUAUACAGUGGAUCCAACUUCUUUUAAACUAACUGUUAGGGUGACCAUUUAAUCAGUGUAUAAAUGCAUUAUUUUCUGAUGCAGAGCAUCAGUAAAAAUAUGGAUAACAGCCUUUUUUUAAAAAAUAGUUGCUUUAUUAUUAUUUUAUUGAAAGCAACUUUUUAUAUAUAUUUCAAGAAAUUUUAUAGCAGUUGCAGGUAAACUGUCGUGUUUGUAAAGUAUUUUUUAAUGAUAAAAUAUUAUAUAAUUAUGCAUGUGAUUUUAACACAAAAUAGAAAAUAAAUCUCUUGCUGGUUUUAGAGUAAGUGAUGUUUUUUUAUUUAAUUAUGUAUUAAUAUCUAGCUUUCCAAAAUGUCAAACCAUAUUUUUAAAAAUGAUUUUGUAAACAGGUCAUGUUCAAAAUUGGUCAUUCAGAUUUCAGCUAUAAGAAGAUGAUUAUGUCGGACAGUCAUGUUUUGGGGAAAGAUGGAUAUGUAUCAAUUAAGUUUGGUAAAAAGAGUAGGUUUGGUUUAAGAGUCACAUAUAUUAGGGAAGAAGAAAAUUGAAGAAACUACUUAGAUAAGCAGUGAAACAUUUCAAACAAACAAACAAAAAAAGAAGAAGUCAAUUUGCCACGACUCAACUUCCUGACGUAUAGUAGGAAAAUGUUGAGAAUCAGUACAGUUUUUUGUACCAAGCAGUUCAAUAUAUAUUUACAGAAUUGUGAUUUGGUUUCCAGGAGAACAGUCUGUCACUAUAUCAACCAUAAUAUUGUGAAAUUAUCUCUCGUAUGACGUAUACAACUUCUUCUAAAACAUGAAGAUUUAUUUUUUAUUUUUUUAAACAGUAUAGCUAUAGAAAUACUGCUUAGACAUCUGUUGUGUUAAAGACGGCAGGAAAAUGAGUUGAUCAGUUAAAGGUUUUGCCAAAAUUCAGAAGCAAGCCCCAUCAAACACUAUUAAAAUUGUAAAUUUUGCUUUCAGUAAGAAUUUUGAUAGAAAAUUGUACUUUUCUACUUAAAAAUAUCAGAGCUAAGAAUUUGCAUUAAUCUGUACAUUCGGCAGAUUUACCAAGAUGGCAGAACAGUAAACACUCUUUAGCUUA